AUGAACCGCAGCGACAUAUCCUCGAGUGACAUGGAGAAAAUCCACAACAUCAUCGAUGUCACGGGCAGAGUUCCGCCAGCCAACGAUCUCGAGAUUGCUGCGCGUGAUAUCCAAGGAUGGAAGUGGAUUACUGUCGUACUGGCGAUCCAGAGCUCGACCUUCCUCUUCGCAAUGGGCAACACCAUCACUGCAAGCUGCCAGGUUGAGAUCGUCCGAGGCUUUCAAGCUGUCAAUAAGCUAUCAUGGGUCGGUGUUGGGUUAGUUAUGAGAGCCUCCGCCACUGUGCUUCUUUGGGGGAAAAUAUUCUUCUACAUCAACACGAAAUGGACCUACAUCAUCAGCGUCGCGAUCUUCGAGAUCUGA